CAUACAUAUAUAUGCUCUUGGAUUUCAUCCUUUACUUUACUUUUAGAUGCAGAUGCUUGCAAUACCACCCGUAUCGAUCUUGAGCUGAAGCCUUGCACCAUCAUACUUGAGUGCUCCCUUGCGAAUUCAUUUUACAUUCAUUCAUCCUUGUCUUCCACUGUAAUAAAUAUCGCCCCAGCAUAGCCUAUACUUGACAUCUUAGGUACAUCAAUGACCAACUCAGCGCUAACGCAAUGGUCAACACCCGGCACCGACAUGUCUUCCGCUCAUACGGCUGGAAGUGAAUCAACCUGUCUGAAUGCUGUCGAUAAUACCGAUAACGAGCAGGGCUCUUCCGAAAGUAACACUGGCGAUGGAACAUACGACGAGAGCGAUGGAAUCGAAAUGGAACGGCGCUGCUCUGCGGUGCAGUCUCUCGCACGCCAAUACACCCAGCACUCCACAGUUGAUACGCGCGGCAAUGCAAAAAUAUUGUUUGCAAGCAACGACCCAAAUUCUCCUGUCAACCCCCUUGGAGAAAAGUUUAAUGCUCGGGCUUGGGCCAAGAACAUUGCCAAUUUGACUACGGAACAUGGUCAUGGCUACCGCACGGCCGGCGUUUGCUACGAGAAUCUGAAUGUCUUCGGAUAUGGUAACGAAACUGAUUAUCAAAAGGAUGUUAGCAACAUAUGGUUAGAAGCGCCCAACCUGCUUAGUAGGGUCGUCAAAAGUGGACGAAAUCAGCGACGAAUUGAUAUUCUCCGAGACUUCAACGGCGUCAUCGAAGCUGGAGAGAUGUGUGUGGUACUUGGGCCGCCAGGUUCGGGUUGUUCGACCCUUCUCAAGACCCUUGCCGGCGAAACAAAUGGUAUUUAUACCGAUGGUAGCGCCUACUUUAACUAUCAAGGGCUAUCCGCUGAGGAGAUGCACAAACACCACGCCGGUGAUGCCAUAUAUGCGGCCGAGGUUGACGUUCAUUUCCCUAUGCUCUCUGUGGGCGACACCUUGACAUUUGCCUCUCGCGCAAGGUCCCCCAGGACGUUUCCACAAGGACUUACACGCAACGAGUACUGCAGCCAUCUUCGAGAUGUUGUGAUGGCCAUGUACGGCAUUAGCCACACCGUCGACACUAGGGUAGGCGAUAAUUACAUCCGUGGCGUGUCGGGUGGUGAGCGAAAACGAGUGACAAUUGCAGAAGCAACCUUAUCGAACGCACCAUUUCAAUGCUGGGACAACUCCACGCGGGGUUUAGACUCCGCCAACGCUAUCGAAUUUUGCAAAACCCUCAGGCUCCAAUCCGAUAUGUUCGGCCAGACGUGUGCAGUGUCCAUCUACCAAGCUCCCCAGAGCGCUUACGACCUUUUCGACAAGGCUCUUGUUCUGUACGAGGGUCGACAGAUCUAUUUUGGUGUGGCGCGUGGGGCCAAGGAGUACUUUACUGGCCUUGGGUUUGAAUGUCCGGCACGUCAAACAACUCCAGACUUCCUCACGUCCAUGACUGCUCCCUCUGAACGAGUCGUACGGCCUGGGUGGGAAAGCCGCGUUCCCCGCACUCCCGACGACUUUGCAGCGUGCUGGAAACAGAGUCAAAACAAUAAGGGGUUGAUGGCUCAAAUCGGCAAUUACAAGCAACGACACCCUCUGAAUGGUACGGGCGCUGAAGAAUUUCGUGCCCAUAAGAAGGAGGUCCAGGCCAACGGCCAGCGGCUCAAGUCGCCCUUCACGCUCUCUUAUGCGAACUCUUCCAUCGCCCUAAUUGUCUCCUCAUUAUUUUACAACCUCCAACAAACCACCGGCUCAUUUUAUAGCCGUGCUGCAGUAAUGUUUGUUGCCAUAUUGUUCAACGCUUUCUCGAGUGCAUUGGAAAUCUUGACGCAAUACUCGCAGCGGCCAAUUGUGGAAAAGCAUGUUCGCUAUGGUUUCUAUCAUGCCUCCGCUGAAAGCUACUCAUCUGUUCUGAUUGACCUUCCUUACAAGAUUGCCAACGCCAUAUUCUUCAAUGCGAUCCUCUAUUUCAUGAGCAAUCUCAACCGAACUGCCGGUGCAUUUUUCUUCUUCAUGUUUGUCGGGUUUCUCAUGACGCUUACCAUGUCGGGACUGUUCAGAUCCAUUGCUGCGCUAUCCCGUACUUUAUCUCAAGCCAUGGUGCCAGCUGCUAUCCUUAUCUUGGCCCUAGUGAUCUUCACAGGCUUUGUCAUCCCAGUUGACUACAUGUUGGGAUGGUGCCGCUGGAUCAACUACCUGGACCCUGUCGCCUACGGUUUUGAGUCCCUGAUGAUCAAUGAGUUUCACAACCGGAACUAUGAGUGCUCGGAUUAUGUACCCAGCCCGGCCAUCCCCGGCUAUGAAGAUAUUUCGUCGGACAACAUGGCCUGUUCCGCUGUGGGCGCUGUUAAAGGCCAGUCUCUGGUUAGUGGAGAUAGCUACAUCAACUCGGCCUACAAGUACUUUCAUGUCCACAAAUGGCGGAAUGUUGGCAUACUCAUUGCAUUUGUUGUGGGCCUUCAUCUUAUCUAUUUUAUCGCUUCAGAGUACAUGACGGCCAAAAAGUCUAAAGGUGAGGUCCUCGUAUUCCGUCGAGGCGUUACGCCCCCACCAUCCAACAAAGGUGAUGUGGAGGCGUCCAUGUCUGGUCCUUUAACUAUUGUGGGAAAAACGGACCGCAACACAUCCAGCGAGCUGGGCGCUAUCCAAGGAUCAACAAGCGUUUUCCAUUGGAGCAAAGUCUGUUACGAUGUUAAGAUUAAGAGCGAGACACGGCGGAUCCUUGACCAUGUGGACGGCUGGGUGAAGCCAGGGACGCUGACUGCACUUAUGGGCGUUUCAGGCGCUGGCAAGACUACGCUCCUGGAUUGUCUGGCCGACCGUAUCUCUGUAGGUGUCAUCACGGGUUCGAUGUUGGUGAACGGUAAAAUACGUGAUUCAUCAUUUCAACGACAGACUGGCUAUGUCCAACAGCAAGACCUGCACCUUGAAACCAGUACAGUAAGAGAGGCGCUCGAGUUUUCAGCUUUGCUACGCCAACCCGCUAGCACGCCAAGAACAGAAAAGCUGGCUUAUGUGGAUGAGGUGAUCAAGCUUUUAGACAUGCAAGAAUAUGCUGACGCCGUUGUCGGUGUGCUUGGUGAAGGUCUGAACGUCGAACAACGAAAGCGAUUGACGAUUGGCGUCGAAUUGGCCGCGAAGCCGCCACUACUACUGUUCGUCGACGAACCGACAUCUGGCCUCGAUUCCCAAACAUCAUGGGCCAUCCUAGAUCUUCUUGAAAAGCUGUCGAAGGCGGGCCAGUCAGUUCUCUGUACAAUUCAUCAACCUUCAGCUAUGCUCUUCCAACGAUUCGAUCGGCUGCUCUUUCUGGCCAAAGGUGGGCGAACAGUAUACUUCGGUGACAUCGGCGCUCACUCUAAAACACUUACAAGUUACUUCGAAGGUCACGGCGCUCCACCGUGCCCAGAGGGCGAAAAUCCUGCAGAGUGGAUGCUUUCGGCUAUCGGCGCAGCACCUGGGUCUCAUUCAGAUGUAGACUGGCACCAGACAUGGAGGAGUAGCUCCGAGUAUGAAGCUGUGCAAGCCGAGCUCCAAUCCCUGGAAUCGUAUGGAUUGACGCGUACUGUUACGCAAGGUACAGCUAAGAACGAAUCGCUUCGAGAAUUUGCCUCGCCUCUUCGGGAGCAGUUCCUUGUUGUUACACGCCGUGUCUUUCAACAGUACUGGCGUACGCCGUCCUAUAUCUACUCCAAGGCAAUUCUGUGCGUUUCUGUUUCACUCUUCAUCGGACUAGUGUUUCUCGAUGCGCCACUUUCGAUCCAGGGAUUACAAAAUCAGAUGUUUGCUAUUUUUAAUGUGCUGAGCAUCUUCGGUCAGCUUGUGCAGCAGCAAAUGCCACACUUCGUUACUCAACGAUCACUCUACGAAGUGCGCGAACGUCCCUCCAAGACCUACAGCUGGAAGAUAUUUAUGCUAUCACAAAUAGUUGUUGAAAUACCUUGGAAUUCGCUCAUGUCACUGCUCAUGUGGAUUUGUCUCUAUUACCCGGUCGGGUUUUACAAGAAUGCCGAAGCCGCUGGCCAGACACAUGAACGUGGUGCUCUUAUGUGGCUCCUCAUCUGGCAGUUCCUUAUAUUCACGUGCACAUUCGCCCACGCCUGUAUCUCUGUCACGGACACUGCAGAGGCUGGUGGCAACGUGGCCAACCUUUUGUUCACCUUGUGUCUGUUCUUUUGCGGCGUCUUGGCCACUCCAAAUCGGAUGCCCGGCUUCUGGAUAUUCAUGUACCGCGUGAGCCCCUUCACUUAUCUUAUAUCGGCCAUGUUGUCAACUGGUCUGGCAAAUACGGCGGUGACAUGCGCGACAAAUGAGCUGGUCAGCAUCGUCCCGCCCAGUGGACAGACGUGCGGCGAGUAUUUGGGCGCAUAUAUGAGUGCAGCUGGUGGCUACGUUGUCGAUAGCAAUGCCACCGAGUCCUGCAGCUUCUGCUCGAUCGCUGAAACCAACGUGUUCUUGACAUCUAUCAGCUCCAGCUAUGCCAAUAGAUGGCGCGAUUUUGGUAUUGGCAUGGUGUACAUCGCAUUCAAUAUUGCGGCAGCUCUGUUCCUGUACUGGCUGGUGCGCAUGCCAAAGGGAAAGAACGAUAAGACCGAGAAGAAGAAGAACGGCUGAGAAGAUCAUCAGGGAUAGACAAGCUAGGUGGAAUAUGCGGGUUUUUGUGAAUUGACAUACUGGGUUGGCUGAAAUCUACUCAAAU